UAUUUGUAAAGCAUGUGUAUCAGGAUUUUGGGGACCAGACUGUAACUACCUAUCCAACAACUGUUCCAAUAAAAUAUGUGACAUUUCCACAGGUGUAUGUGAGACAUGUCCAGAGGGAUUUGCAGGAGAAAAUUGUAACAUAAAGUGUGUGAUUUCUUCUUGUUCAAAUUGGCUGUGUGACAGGAAGCAAGGAUUUCAAUGUUCCAGUUGUGUAAACGGCUUUUGGGGAACACCUUGUGAGAAACAAUGCAUGCUAAAUAGCAGUUGCAACAACUGCCACAAGGCAACUGGAAUAUGUAAUUCAUGUUUAAGUGGUUACUGGGGAACGGCUUGUGAGAGAAAAUGCAAUGAAAGUGACACUUGUAGUUAUUGCGACAGAAACACUGGAACUUGUACUUCGUGUUUAAGUGGAUUCUGGGGAAAACAUUGCGAAAAUGGGUGCUAUUAAAACUGUGCUGGAAAUUGCCGAGUGAGUACAGGAACAUGUUAUUCUUGCAAAAAUGGAUGGUGGGGAAGUUUUUGUGAGAAAAAAUGCGCGAUGGGAGAGGGAUGUCAAUAUUGCAGCAAAACGUAUGGAAGUUGCAGCGCGUGCAUAAUUGGUUACUGGGGUAGUUUCUGCGAAAAAGAGUGUCCUACAAUCUGUGCAGGUCAAUGCAACAGGUAUACAGGAAAGUGUUCCAGUUGCAGACCCGGCCACAAGGGUGUUAACUGUAGCAGUACAUGCAUAGAGGAAAACUGUGAGACAUGCCAAGGUUUGGAUGACAGCCAUUCAUGUACCAAAUGCCGACCGGGUUACUGGGGCGAAAGCUGUGACAUUAAAUGUAGAUCAGAGCAAUGCCUGGAAUGUCAUAUGUCUGAAGGACGAUGCACUUUAUGCGAGGACGGCUUUUGGGGAAAUUCAUGUAAUCAAAAGUGCCAUGACAGUUGCCAAUGCUGCAGCCUGACUUGCGGUACUUGUAGCCCACCGCACUCCUGUAUAAUGUACAAAGCAACAGCGCCUUCACAGACAGAUAACACUUUGGUUAUCGUUGGUAUUGUCUUGAUUGUUUGCUCUUUAGUUGUACCGUCUCUGGCGUUUGGUUUGAUUUGCUACAUAAAGCGCCGAAAUAAGCAAAAGACAGCCAGAACUACAUCCGGAGAUAGAAAUGUUGGACAUCAGAGUGUUUCAUAUUCAAUGGAUCGUAAGAGAAAGGCCAAAGUUGAGAUACCAUCGCUUCAAACCGGAAAAGUCAACCGCAAAUAUCUGACUGAGGAAACAAACAAAGGAUUUGAGGAAGAAGAAAAUUAUGAAAGCGUCCUCGAAACAGACGAGAUCUACGAAAAUCCAUAGGUCUCUGAUAAGAAACAACUGACUUUAUUGUUGUUGUUAUUGUUGUGUAUAUCGUUUUCAAAUCACGCAUUUUAUCAUGUUUAUACAUAAUAUAAUGUGAUAUGAAAAAUAGUUCCUCAUUAUACAAUUUCCUUAAUAUAUCUUGUGACGCAAUAUAAUUAUACAUUUUUACUAAUAUCUUAAAUGUUAAACUUUUAAACAAUGAUAUUGUGAAUUCCAUAAAUAAAUUUCAGCAAAACUAAACCACCAAAGAAUUAUUCUACGACCACAUUUCGUUUUAAAAAUAUCACAAAAAUACAAAUGUAGAGAUUUACCCUAAG